AUGCGUACCACAUGUGUACGCAAAGGCAAGCCCCCAGUUCGUGCGGAAGCAUCAAGCGCAACCAGCACAAAUUUGGACCAGUACAUACGCGCGGGCGUCGCACCGGUCAUUUGCAGAUCCGAGUCGGCAGAAGGUAGCCCAAAGUCAGGUGUACAACCUCUCGACAUCUCGGGGGCGACCUGUCGAGAGUUCUCGGGGGCGCCUAUCGACCACUCUGUCAGUGGGGAUAUCGGUUGGGCGCUUAACUGGAGGGCAAUCGCCAAGAACGCCACCUUUUUCCUUCCACGCCCUUCCCGUCUAACGGACGGUACGCGAAUGGCAUCCGAAAGGUACCUGGAAGGUACCAUCUCCACGUGUCGAGACCUUUCCACUGUGCGCGAGCUGAAUGUCCGGCGGCCGCACCCUCCGGAAUCUUUUUUCGUCUUUACCGACGACCUGGCCUCGCUCGGGAUCAAAUGA